AUGGCUUCCGCGAGAGACACGGCUACGUUUUUUACAGAAGGUUCCGCGUCUCAGUUUCAGUAUGUUUUGAGUUUGUAUCCCCAAGCAUUAAGACUAAAAGCAGAAAGAAAGACAAGGAAGCCAGAAGAGCUUAUAAAAUUGGAUAAUUGGUACCAAAAUGAGCUCCCGAUGAAAAUAAAGCAAAGAGGAAAAGAUGCUCAUUUAAAUCAUGAAGAAUUAGUUCAACUUAUGAAAUGGAAGCAGUGUAGAGGAAAGGCUUAUCCUCAAUUAAAUUAUUUAGUCAAAGUGAACACUCCAAGAGCAGUUAUGGCCGAAACAAAAAAAGCAUUUCGAAAAUUGCCUAAUUUGGAACAAGCUAUAACAGCAUUAAGUAACUUAAAAGGAGUCGGAACAACUAUGGCUUCAGCAUUAUUAGCUGCUGCUGCUCCAGAAACAGCUCCUUUCAUGGCUGAUGAAUGCUUAAUGGCCAUCCCGGAAAUUGAAGGGAUAGAUUACACGACUAAAGAAUAUCUCAAUUUUGUGCAACAUAUUCAGUCUACAGCAGAAAGAUUAAAUAAAGAAUCAAACAAUGGACACGGCACUUGGAAUCCACAUCAAGUUGAACUGGCAUUGUGGACACAUUUCGUAGCUAAUGAACUUGAUCCUGACUUACUUAAUGCCAUUCCUUCAGCCAAUGGCAAAUCUAGUGUUACACACCAAAAUGGAGAAGUUAAAAAUGCAUCCAAUAAUGAAAAUGAUCACUCUGAUAAUGAAAGUUCCAUAGAAGCCGGAAAAAAUGAAGAAGAAACAAACGACUCUUUAGCGAGUGGUACAUCCGCUACAAAUGAUUCGACAACAAACGAUGCUGAUGCAACGGAUCAACGGCAAACAGAUGAAGAAAGUCAAGAUCCACCGCCUGCUAAGAAAUCACGAGUUGUUGAAGCCGGCGAAAAAUGA